AUGGACGCAACCCUUAAAACCGUGCAUAAUUCUGCAUCGGAAGAGUUUACGAUGUUAGCUGCCGAACUGGCAGCGAGUCAAAGAGUUUUCGAUGAGUUUGUCAAACGGUGUGAGCGUAUCAAUGAUUACCUCAGUGACUACGGUGAUACGAUCUUCAAUUUCUCCCUACCGAGGGACGAAUUAAUCAACGCUAUUUCAAAAGAAAUUUGCGCUCAAGCCCCAAUUAAUUAUGAUCAUCAGGCCCAUGAGUUGGCCGAUAAUAUCUGCGCCGAACUCUUCGAACUAAUGUUUAAGCGCCAUCGUCUAGUGAACUCGUUGAUGGAACUCGUUGAUGGUACGCCAUCUGAUUUGAUUUUUUCCCUUAUCCCCGUCGAGUAA